GACGCGGAGCAUAUUCCUUUCUCUCUCCCUUGAAAUAAAAACUCUUGACACCAACCCAAAAGAAGAAAGAAAACAGAAAAAAGAAGAAGAAAAAAGGAAAAAAAGAAAGAAAACAAAACCCUAGCUUCCAUUUAGUAAUUUGAAUCUCUUGAUCUCGACAUGCAAGUUUUCUCAUCGUGAUUUAAUUUCAGGUGCAUUGUAUCGAAUUGGGGGGUAAAUUUGAGCACCGGAUUUGCCCAGUUCAGAAAAGGUUUAAGGUUUCUGAAUUGGGCAUUUAGCUUAAGUCUGAAAAAUUAUGCGGAGUAAUUGGUUGCUUUUCAUGGAUUUAGAUGGAGGAGGGUCUCCAUAUAUUUUUGCAAUGGAGCCCUUUGUAUCUAAUGGGUUGGGAGCUCAUUUGUUUUCUCAGUUCAGUUCAUUGGUUGACAGUUCUUUGUACCAUUCAAAACACAUGUAUGUACCUGGUAGUCUUGCGUUUCGUGAAGCUUUUAGUUGCAUGUCGAGGUUUGCAGGUGUAUUACUGUUUUGGUUCUCUAGUAUGUCGACUUCGAAUUUGAGUAGGGAUAUAUCAGCUGGUAAUCAACGUGGUUUGAAAUCUGGAAGUUCCAAGUCUUCAGCUAAGGUUAAGCACAUCACUUCUUGUAAGAAUUAUGUUGCUGGAUUUCAAUUUGCUUCUGAUUCGAGAGGCCAAUCUGCCACCCCACUUGUUUUUGGUAAAAUUUCGAGUUAUGCAAUGAGACUUAUUGGAGAAGCGGAAGCACUCCAAUCCUUUCCUCUGCUCUCAUUAGGCGCUCUGAUCCCACCAUUUGACAACUUAUCUACAAAGGUACUAGCUGUUCCACUGGAAAAUACAGAAGUUCAAAUGCAAGAAUGCAUGGAUCAAAGGCCUUGUGAUGUUGGGCAUCAAGGAUGUGGCAGUCUAUCUUUUCUAGAUUUGAACUGGACAAGACAUGCUGUUGAACCGAGAACUGGCAUUGAGUUCCCAUUGAUAUUGGAUAACAUAUUAGAUAGACAGAAUAAUUCCAGUUUGGCUUCGGAGGUGCUUGUUGGUACUGGAUCAAGAACCAUGAAAAUAAUCAAAAUUAAGUCUCUGAAGGUGUAUGCUUUUGGUUUUUAUAUUCAUCCAUACUCUGUAUGCCAGAAAUUGGGUCCAAAGUAUGCUGCUAUUCCAGUGGGUGAACUGCACAAACACAAUGAUUUUUAUCAGGAUCUUCUUAGGGAGGAUAUUGGUAUGACUGUUAGGCUUGUGGUUAAUUGCAAUGGGAUGAAAGUCAAUACAGUAAGAGAUGCAUUUGAAAAAUCUCUUCGUGCUCGUUUAGUAAAGACAAAUCCCGACACUGAUUAUCAUUGCCUAAGUACAUUUGGCUCCUACUUCACUCAAGAUAUUGCAUUGCCGGCGGGAACAAUAAUUGACUUUCAGCGGACAGCUGAUGGACAACUAAUUACCAAAAUUGGAGGUAACCACAUUGGCGUGGUCCACAGCAAGGAUUUAUGCAGGGCUUUCUUUGACAUGUACAUUGGAGAUGGCCCGGUGUCCGAGCAAACAAAAGAAGACAUCGGCAGAAAUGUUGCAAGCAUUAUAAGGAGAUGCUGAGGUGGCUUGUUUUCCAUCACCAUUUUCUCAAUUUUUUAAUGAGCAAAUGGCUAUUGUAACGAGGAACUUAACCUUUCAUGGACGUUUUUACAGUACUUUAGAGGGGUAGCUGAUAAACACACCAGGGGCAAUCAGAAAAUUCAAUGCAAACCUUGCAAUGGUUUGCUCGAGAAUCAUACAACGUAGGAUAGUUGUAAUUUUUACGAUAUUCUUUGUAGCUUUGGGGAUAAUCUUCAGUUUAACAGAUAUCCCUAUUAUAUUUGUCAUCAUCAUUCUUUUUAAUAUACAACUAUAGCCACGUCUCGAGAUAA